CGAGCGCGAGCGAAAGAGAGACCGACAUAGAAAACGAGAGAGAUAACCUCUCGACCACUCAUUGGAGUGCAGCUAAGCUUAGCAAAACCAGUUUCAGGCAUUUGCGCGGCGCCAAGUACUCGCCGUUUUCAGACUGACCUCACCGAGCCGUCGUUACACGUGCUCGUGAAAAGUUCACUCCAGUCUCUCGUCCACUUAUUGUCAGCAAUCAGACAAGCCGGCAUCCGAUUUCAUCGCUAUGGCGCAGAGUGCUCCACUUCUUUUGCGCGUGGUCGCAUCCUCAGUGACAGUAGCUGGACGUGCCGGAAAGAUAAUCAGGGACGUGAUGACCGGAGGCGAACUGAACAUAGUGAACAAGGGAAAGAACGAUCCCCAAACCGAAGCUGACAGAUCGGCGCAAAGGUGUAUCGUCGCUUCUCUCAGCAGGCAGUUUCCCAACGUCGCUAUAAUCGGAGAAGAGGGACCGUCAAACUGCGAAGUCCCUUCCGAUUGGGUGGUAACUGACUCUGAUCAGCAGGUUCUUGGCGUAAGGCUUCCUCAGGAUCUCGAAGAAGUGGAGGACAAGGAUUUGUGUAUUUGGGUAGAUCCUCUUGACGGUACUUCGGAAUACGCGCAAGGACUUGUGGAGCACGUGACCGUUCUGAUUGGAGUUGCAGUUAGAGAAAAAGCUGUUGGGGGGAUUAUUCAUCAACCUUAUUACAAGAACCCUGAAGACGGAAGCCUGGGUCGAACGUUAUGGGGUAUUGAUGGGGUCGCGACUGGAGGUCUCCAAUUGAUUCCUCCUCCCGAGGGAAAGAGGAUUGUUACGACAACGCGUUCCCAUUCCGAUGGGACGGUUCAAUCAGCUCUAGACGCUUUGGAAGCGGACGAAAUCUUGAAAGUUGGUGGUGCAGGACACAAGGUUAUGCUCCUCCUGGAGGGAAAAGCUCACGCUUACGUUUUUGCAAGCGCGGGCUGCAAGCGAUGGGACACGUGCGCCCCUGAAGCGAUUCUUCGAGCUUUCGGUGGAACCUUAACCGACAUUCACGGCGAAUGUUAUUCCUACAACGCUGAAACGAGUCAUCCAAAUACCCGAGGGGUGCUGGCCACUGCACCAGGGCAACAACAUGCUUGGUACUUGAAGAAGAUACCGGACGAAAUAAAACAAAGACUGGCUUAGCUGUUUUCCUGAUUUGCGCUUUUGCGUAGUUUCAAACGGUACAUCAUUCCAAAAUCGUCCGACAUGAUAAGGCAACGAGUGAUGGAAUAUUCAGAAUUAAAUACUCUUGAACGUAUUUUAGCACUUAUGGAGCCACUUAAAAUUGUGCACCGAAUCUUGUAAAUCCGUUAAUUUAUUCACAGAAAUGUUGAAUUUAUUAUAAGACGUGUUGUAAAAUUGAAGAGUUAUUUAUUUUGUAUUGGGAUCAUAAAUGUAUCGACUUGGUAUAUGGAUUUGAUGAAUGAUUUCCCGCGCCUGAUCAUCGAAGAAGACCAUUUAGAAGAUCCGUUUGAUCCAGUAUUGGAUGAAAAAUAGAACCUCGAAAUGAAUCAACGUUUGUUACAUUAAACGAGUGUUUUCAGGAUACGAAAGUGAAAUUAAAUUACCUACAGUCGAAGAAAUGUUCGUCAGAUCGGUAGAUUCUUGUUUCUUGAAAGAAAGAUUAUAAAAAUCGAAGAAAUAUUUUAUUCUGCUCCAACCAACACUUGACAUAAUUUUUUUUACUCACUUCACCUAAUUCUAAUGAAUAUUGAGCGGGAGCAAAUACUCUUUUAAUACCGGCGAUGAAGCAUCGGAAAAAGUGCUCUGACUAAAUAGAAAUUUAAACUGAAAAUGACAAGAAUUUAUCUGCAAGUAUCUCUUUGGUAAAACAUCGUAGAACGAAUAUCUUUCGUCCGAUAACACGGCACAAACGAAGCUUCAAAUAUUCUAUUACUAACACUAAAUGUUUCUGCACAACUGAAAUGGUAUCAGGAAAUUUGGCAAAAGGAAGUACGGCCUAAAUGAGUAGAUAUUUUGAAUUAUAUUACAAAUGCAAGUAUGAAAAUGUAAACGGUAUAGAAAGUGAGAGAAUGAUAAUGUAGGUACUGUCAUCAAUAAUCAUAUAACCAACUGUAUAGUGAAGUAUAUGAUUUUUCUUCUAGUAUAUCUGACGAUUCGUGCUUUUGUAAUUUAUCAUGUCAUUUCUUAUGUAUCAUUUUGAAGUUACAAAAUAAAUCAUGUAAUAAAUUGAA